AUGUCUCAAGGCCUCUCUGCACCAGGGUCGAGUGUCUACUCGUCAGACACCAUGUAUGUCGGGGAUGGGACAUGGGACUCGCAGCGCAACACUUUCCUGUUGCCCAAUUUGCAAGGCCCCAACUUUGAGACAAUGCGAUACAAUGGCAUGGGCAACCGCUUUCGCAGCAUGGUUGGCUACAAGGCUCUCAUCACCGCUCAUGGCGUGCUAGCAGGCGUAACAUUUCUAUUCAUAAUACCUGCAGCUAUUUUCAUGGCCCGCUUCUACCAUCGGAAUCCGCAUACGGCAUUGAAGUUCCAUAUCUGGCUACAGGUACUCGCCGUGCUUCUGUCAACUGCGGCAAUCAUUUGCAGCUUCUUUGCUGUUGGGCUUGAGAGGUCACUCACAAACCCUCAUCAUGGCAUUGGUGUUGCGCUUUACACUCUCGUCAUGGUACAGGCGCUUGGCGGUUCAGUCAUCCACAGGCUAGAAAAGGGCAAGGAGCGCUUCAAGAUCCCCCUCAAGCUCAUGUUCACUGAGUCUUAUCUGAGCGACGAAAAGUACGGUGGUAAUCGCCAAAAGAGUAACACUUGGAGAGACCGUCUCCUGGGAGCUGGAGCCGCAGCUGGAGGUAUCUUCGCCAUGAAAAAGCUCUUCAGUCGCAAGCCAAAACACCCUCCGACUGAGACUGGAAGCGACUUCAGUUACAGCCGUCCACUAGGCCCAUCCGAAGUUACUCAGACCGACAUCUCCAGGCUCGAGGAGGGAAGAGCUCCUGAAUCUCCGGCGAAUCGUCGAGAUGACUGGCGUCGCGAUAACCCCCAAGCAUCAGCAUUGACCGAGAGCUCCAUAGGACGUGGUCCUCGCCCAGCUAGGAGCGCAGGAUCGAUUGACUCUUUCGAUAGCCGAACGAGCCUCAGCGAGGAGACUGAAAUGAGGCCUAGGGACCAUUCGUACGGACUGAAGGAGGGAGUCGCCACACUUGGUGUGUUCGGCUUUCUCAAGCACUCGCUCAGCAGACGCAGUAAGAAGAAGGAGGACGACCAUGUGGAAGAAAUGCGACAACAAGAUCUCGAAGAGGAACGCGUUGCUCGUAUGAAUAGCCAACGUCGCAAAAAGUACACUGGCGACGGAACACCUCGUAAAGGCAACAGACCGCCAUCCACCAUACUUUCCGAGAGCGAUAUGACGGGUAUCACACCAUCAGUGGCGCGUCCUCUCCCCAUGGACUCUACUCUCACCCCCUCGAUCAACCCUGGCGGACGUCCCCCUCGGGCUGGCGUUUACAGUGUCUUGUCGGAUUCUGCAUCGGAAGCUUAUGACUCACCUGGAGGCCGUCACCACAGCCGCCGUCGCACUGGAGACCGACCAAUUAUCCCUGCUGGAACCGCAGCCGCAGCGACAGUUACGUCCAUGGGCUCACCUUCCAAGAAAGAGCGUCGAGGUAGCAGAGACGACGUGGCAUCCCCUCCUGUUUCAGUAAAAGUAAAGAUGCAUAACGAUGGUCGACAUGUAACUCUGCGACGACUGAACGAGGAAGAAGCAGCGGCCGAACGAGAUGCAAGGAGAAGAGAACGUAAGAACAAGGCCCGUGCCGGAAGUGUGAGCUCUCUUAGCGCUGGCGGAGGGGAGCGUUGGCGCAGGACCGAGGCCAUGGAGCGGGCGCAAGCAGAAGAGAUGGCACAGCAAGGUGGCAUUCCGCCGCCUCCGCCAGGCCCUCCUCCAGUGUUCAACCAAGGCCAGAGUUCAGCUCCGGGCCAGACUCUCUUCCCACCUCCACCGAUCCCAGCAGCAGAUACGGUAUUGAGCAGUCCUCCUGGUACUCAGUUUAACGGCACGGAAACAGAUCUUAGCAACUACGAUUCCAACAGGCGUAGACGGAGAGCGGAAAGAGCACAAGCCAAACAGGCCAGGCUAGGGGGUGGAAGUCGUGUCGAGUUCUCUUAA